AUGCUGAUUCUUUCCUUGCUUUCACAGCACGUAUAUUCAGGCGGAACUCUCUCAUGGCAUUAUGUAAACCAGUUGACUUGGGGUGAAUGGCGUUCCGAUUUUGAUAUUAGAUACGUUUCUAACGGUCAUUACUAUUCAACAUCUUUUGCUGACUAUGGCUGGUGGCCUGCUUUCAAGGUUGAUGAUGGAAAUUUAGUCUACAUUCUCGGAAGAAACAAUGGUGAAGCUUCUUCACAAAAUGUUCAUGUCAAAACCAAAUUAUCCCAACCAUUAGGCGAUAAUUACAUGCUCAUUCAAUGGAUAUUUACAAAUAAUGAUACCGAGCCACAUCGUGUUUCUUUAGCUUCACACACGGAUGUCCAGAUCAUUGACAAUGAUAGAGCUAAAGUUAAUUGA